GGGGGUUGGAGCCCGGCGUCCCGCGCCCCCCCCCGCGCAGCCGGCGACAGUGGUGCGGCCCGGCCCGCCCCCGGAAGAGCGGCGCGGCGGCGGCACAUGGCGGCGCGGGGAGCGGGCGCGGGGGCCGCCGCGCUGGGCGCCGCCGUGGCCGCCGUGUACGCGGCCUCGCUGCCGCCGGCCCUGCCCGGGGGAGACUCGGGGGAGCUGAUCACAGCCGCAUAUGAGCUUGGAGUUGCUCAUCCUCCCGGUUACCCUUUGUUCACUCUGCUGGCCAAACUGGUAAUUGGUCUGUUCCCUUUUGGCUCCAUCGCGUACCGAGUAAAUCUCCUCUGUGCCUUACUGGGAGCAGCUGCAGCCUCGUUGCUUUUUUACACAGUUUUCAGGCUUUCUGGCUCAUAUGCUGGAGGAAUCCUUGCUGCGGGGGUGUUUUCAUUUUCUCGUCUAACAUGGCAGUGGUCCAUUGCGGCAGAGGUUUUUAGCUUAAACAAUCUGUUUGUGGGGCUGCUUCUGGCUCUUACUGUACGUUUUGAGGAGGCCUCCACUGCGGAAGAGAGAGCAAAGAUAUCUAGAGUUGGUGCCUUUUGCUGUGGGCUUAGUUUGUGCAAUCAGCACACCAUAGUGUUUUACGUGCUGUGCAUUGUACCGUGGGUUCUGUUGCAGCUUUUCAAAGAGAUGGAAUUGUCCCUAGGCCAUUUGCUGAAGUUGGGUUUCUGCUUCUUGGCUGGUUUGCUGCCUUAUCUCUACCUGCCUGUUUCAUCCUACCUCAAUUGUGCACGUUGGACCUGGGGAGACCAGACGACUUUUAAAGGAUUUUUGACCCACUUUCUCAGAGAAGAAUAUGGGACGUUCAAUCUGGCCAAAUCUGAGACGGGAACCAGUAUGCGAGAAAUGCUGCUCUUUCAGCUGACACACAUGAAGGCAGAGCUGUCCUGGACCGUCCAGGCACUGGCAGUUGUUGCAUGUGUAUGUGCAGCAGUGCAGACUAAGCAGGAGAAGUCCUCGAUGAUAUGGCUGUUUACUGGCAUGCUCUGCAUUUAUUCGUUAUUCUUUGCUUGGAGAGCCAAUUUGGAUAUUACAAAACCACUGUUUAUGGGUGUGGUAGAACGUUUCUGGAUGCAAAGCAAUGCAGCUGUUGCCGUGCUAGCAGGGCUGGGGCUGGCCUCGCUUAUCUCUGUUGGAAAUACAGCGCUUGAGAACAGCCGCAUGCUGCAGUGUGUGGAGUGGCUUUCUGCUACCGCCCUUGUUACUUGUCAAAUUUAUGCCAAUUACAGCCUUUGUGAUCAAAGCCGCAACGAGGUAGUCGAUAAGUUUGCAAGAAACCUUCUGUCCUCCAUGCCACCUGACGCAAUACUCUUGCUCAGAGGAGACUUGCCAGGGAACUCCCUCCGUUACGUUCACUACUGCGAGGGAAUGCGGCCUGACCUGACGCUAGUAGAUCAAGAGAUGAUGACUUACAAGUGGUAUCUGCCCAAGGUGGCUAAGCAUUUACCUGGCAUCUCCUUUCCUGGAAGCCGGUGGAAUCCUGUGGAAGGAACGUUACCUGAUGGAACACGCACGUUUAAUCUCCAUCAUUUUCUCAAAGUAAAUAAACAGAAGGAAGUGUUCGUCUGUAUAGGGCUUCAUGAGGGGGACUCGACCUGGAAAAAAACCUAUUCGCUUUGGCCGUGGGGAGCCUGUGAUAAAUUGGUUUCUACAAAAACUGUUUUUAACCCAGUAGAGUGGAUUAAUCUUACAAGGAGCAUCUAUAACUGGACUGAAGAUUACGGAAGAUUUGAUCCAUCUUCGUGGGAGGCUGUCGCCAAUGAAGAGAUGUGGCAAGCCAGGAUGAAAACAGCCUUCUUCAUCUUCGACCUUGCAGAAGCAGCUAGUGUGUCUGCAGAUAUAAAAUCACAACUUUAUAAGUUUGCCUACGAACUCUACAAGGAAAUUGUCAACUUGCAUAAAAACCAUCCAGUCAAUUGGCAUAAAAACUACGCAAUCGCUUGCGAAAGGAUGUUGCGUCUGCAUCAAACAGAUGUCAACCCUGAAGAGUUGCUCUCUGAAAUUGUGAAACAUUUCCUCCUCUAUACAGAGAAAACAGAGGAUGAUCCCCAGCGGGUGGACAUUUUGCAGGCUGUAAAACACCUGAAGAAAGAGCUGCAUGGGCUGAGGAAAAGGAAAAAAGAUGUGAAGCGCCAGGCUGGAUAGAACCCAUUUGACUCUCCAAGUCUGAAAUGCUAACACCGUUGAGACUGGGAGUUAAAAAUGAAAUCUGUUCUUAACAGCAUGAGAACAGUUCUUUACAAGACAUGGAACUAGCAGCAGUGGGAAUCGAGCACUUGUCUCGAUCAGUGGUUCUCUCCUUUUUCAGUGAAGGCACCCCUCUACAGCUCUUUUGAAUGUGGUGGCUUGCAUGGUUGAGAACCACUGUUCGUAUGGUCUCGGCUUACCUCAGUGGUUCUCAACCACGCACCACUGCCCCGGGUAAAACUAUCCUGCCUGCCUGGUAUGCAGCCAGACUGGGAAAGUCUGGGGCACGUGUAGACUUCCUUGCUUCAAUAAGAUUCUCUGAUAACCCUAAUGUAGACUGGAGAGCCGGCUCAUGCUGCAGCCCUUGGCAGUCCAACUCUGCACAGUGUCUUCCAGAAAGAGGCACACAGGACGGGUAGAACUGUCCUACCUGUUUCUGAGAGGAGUGAGUAGGGCAGACCAAGUAGGGCUACUGCAGAAGCUGGCCCUUCUUCCUGAUUUAGGGUUAAUGGAGAACCCUAAUGCAAGAGGAGCAUGCGUAUGCCACAGCCCUGUGUGCAAAGCAGCUUCAUCUGGCCCCUGCAGCGGUGCCUGUAUCCCCUGAGUGGAUUUCACAGCACCCCACUUGAGAACCACGAGUCUAGAUAGAAGUGUAACAUUGUCCAUUUGUGGUUGCCAAAUGUACAAUUCUGGUGUCCAGAACUAUUUUGUGUAAGGGGGAAAUGCAUUAUAAGAAUAAAUACUGUUGUUUAAAAAAAAAAAUGUUGACCACAAAAUGAGAAAAGUUCAAGAUCUUAAGGUAAGGAAGGAAGGAGAGCAAUAGAAUAAAGAUAUUGGGCUUCAGAAAAGCAGACUUUAGCAAACUCUGGAAUUAGUGGGCAGGAUCCCCUGGGAGGUAAGUCUGAGGGGAAAGCUGACUGACUGUACUUUUAAGGAGGCUCUUAAGGGCACAGGAACAAACUAUCUUGAUGAGACAAGAAUGGGAAGUGCACCAGGAGAGCAGCCUGGCUAAAUGGCGAUCUCUUUGAAUUGAAACUGAAAAAGGCGUACUCCAAAAAAUGGAAACUUGGUCCUAGUACUAAGGAAGAGUGUAAGAUCAUUGCAUGGGCAUGCAAGGAGAAAAUUAGGAAGGGCAAGGCACAAUUUGAGAUCCAACUGGCAAGAGACAUAAAAGGCAAUAAAAAGGGAUUCUACGAGUAUGUCCAGAGUAAGAGGAAGAGCAAAGAAAUGGGUUCCUUAUGGAGUGCAAAAGGCGAUCUACUGUUUUUAUUUAAUUCUAAGAUGAGGUUCCCCCCCAUUUAACAUUGGUGUGGGGGGACGGACCUCUUAAAAUCCAGUAUGAGGGCAAUGGGGUGGGGGGGGCAGGCGGCUGCUGUAGCUUAGGCUCUGGCCCCUAUCUGGGUUUGGGACCAUAGCCAUAGCACGGCCCCAGCCUGGCCUCAUAGCAGUGGAGCGCAGCAUGCACAGCUGCUAUGGGGGCUGGGCUGGGGUUAUGCUCAGUGCCCCAGGCUUCAAUGGGAACAGAGCCUGCCAUGGAGCAAGGGUAAGGGAGGGAGGAAGUGGGAGCAGUGGCUGGAGGGGGAGAAGAGAGGGCCCAGAGCUCGGGGGGGGAUCAGAUAGGGGGCAUAGAAGUGGCAGGGGGCUAGCAGCUUGACCUUCCCAUACCACCUGCCCCCUCCCCCCUGCAGCAGUGGGUAGGGAUGAAUUAAAGAUGACCCUCCAAUAAUUAGAUUCUAUACAUGGAAAAUUAUAACAAACUUAGAUAUUUUCCAUAUAUAGAGUCAAAUUAUUGGGGGGUGCUUUAAAUUCAAGUAAAUACAGUAGUUAUGGAUGAUGCAGAGAAGACUGAAGUGUUUAAUGCCUUUUUUUACUCCUCACAAAUUAGGGGCAGCUACCAAUGACAAGCACUGGUGGCAGCAAAGAUAGGGAAGCAGUUAAAUAGACUAGAGUUAUGACAGAACAGGUAAGGUGUUACUUAGAGAAGCUAGAUGCUUUCAAGUUAGCUAGUUUGGAUAGAAUGCACCCUAAGGUGCUGAGGAAAAUGGCUGAGGUAAUUGCAGAGCCAUUUGCUAUCCCCUUUGAAAACUCAUGGAGGUCAGGUGAGGUCCCAGAUGAUUAGAAAACGGCAAACAGUGCCUCUCUCUAAGAAAGGAAGAAGCAGGAUCCAGGAAACUACAGACAAGUUGGUAUGAUCUCAAUACCUGUAAAGAUAAUGGAGAAGCACCUGGAGGAGAACAAGGUGGUCAGGAACAGUCAGCAUUGAUUCACCAAGAGUAAGUCAUGCCUGACCCACCUGAUUUCUUUUUCUGAUAACGUGACAGGCCUUGUGGAUGUAUGAAGCACAUUGGAUGUGAUCUACUUUGACCAUAGCAAGGCUUUUGACACUAUUUCCUGUGACAUUCUCAAUGAUGUCAAGCCAAGGAAAUAUAGACAAGACAAAAGUACUGUAAGGUGGGUAUGUAACUGGUUGGAUCAUUGGGCUGAAUAAGUAGUUGUGAAUGACUCAAUGGCUAGUUGGUAUCAGGGGUUCCACAGGGCUCUGUCCUGGGUCUCAUAUUGUUUCAUGUCUUCAUUAAUGGUUUGGAGGAUGGGAUCAAGUGGACUCUUAGCAAAUUUACAGACAACACCAAGUUGGGUAGUUGUAGAUGCUCUGGAGGGUAGGGCUAGGAUUCAGAAUGAUCUGGAUAGACUGGAGAACUGGUCUGCAGUCAGUCGGGUGAAAGUAAACAAGGACAGGCACUUGGGAAAGAAUAUAGCCUGGGGAUAUGGACAUUCUCACAAGCAAGCUAAGAUAUUACAGGCUGCAUGUAUGGACCAUAAGGUGGAUAGAAAACUGCCUGGAUCAUUGGGCUCAGAGGGUAGUAACCAAUGACUCUAUGUAGCUGGCAACCAGUCUCAAGUGGAGUGGCCCAGGGGUCAGUCCUGGGGCCAGUUUUGUUCAGUAUCUUCAUCAGUAAUCUGGAAGAUGGGAUGAAAUGCACCCUCAGGAAGUUUGGGGGGAGUAGUAGAUGCACUGUAGGUGCAGGAAAGGACCUGUGGGUUACCAUGGACAAGAGGCUGAAUAUGAGCCAACAGUGUGCCCUGCAUUAGUAGGAGCAAUUCUAGAAGAUCAAGGGAAGUGAUUCUCCUCCUCUGUUUGGUACUGGUGAGGCCACAUCUGGAAUACUGUGUCCAGUUUUGGGCCCCCCACUACAGAAAGGAUGUGGAUACAUCGGGGAGAAUUCAGCAGAGGGCAAUGAAAAUGGGUAGAGGACUGAGGCACAUGACUUCUAAGGAGAGGCUGAGGGAACUGGGCUUAUUUAGGCUGCAGAAGGAAAGAUGGAAGGAAUUUAAUAGCAGUGUCAGCUACCUGCAGGGUGGUUCCAAAGAGGAUGGAGUUGGACUGUUCUCAAUGGUGGCAGGUGCAAUGGGCAAGGAGCAAUGGGCUUAAGUUGCAGCAAAGGAGGUUUAUGUUAGAUAUCAGGAAGAGCUUUUUCACCAGAAGAGUAGUAAAGCACCUGAACAGGUUACUCAGGUUGUAGAAUCUCCAUCCUUGGGUGUUUUUAAGGCCCAGCUAAAUAAUGCUUUGGCUGGGAUGAUCUAGUUAGGGAUAGUUCUGCUUUGAGUAGGAGAUUGGACUAAUGACUUCCUCAGGUCCCUUCCAACUCUUAUUUUCUAUGACUGUAUGAAUGAGUGGUUAUUCUGCUAGAACUGUAGAAAAGGACCUGGGGGUUACAGUAGACCAUAAACUGAAUAUGAGUGUGCUCUUGUUGCCAAAAAAUCCAACAGCAUACUGUGUUGUAUUAACAGAAGUGUCACCUGCAAAUCAAGGGAAGCGAUUCUCCUGCUUUAUUCAGAACUUGUAAGGUCUCAGAUGGAGUACUGUGUCCAGUCUUGGGCCCCACGCUUCAGGAAGCAUGUGAAGAGAUUGGAAGGAAUUCAGUGGAGAGCAAACAAACAUGAUUAGAGGCCUGGGAAGCAUGACUGAUGAAAAAAGGCUGAGAGGGGAUUUGAUAACAGUAUUCAAAUACCCGAAGGGCAGUUAGAGGAUGGAGAUGGGCUUUUCUCCAUAGCUGUAGGACACAGCACUAGGAGCAGUACACUCAAGCUGCAGCAAUAGUUUAGGUGAGACAUUAGGAGGAACUUUCUGACUGUGUGUGGUCAAAGCAUUGGCACAAGCUAUCUAAAAUUGUAGGAGCUCCAUCCCUGGAAAUUUUCAAGAGCAGGUUGAUGAGAUGUUUGGCUAAGAUGGCUUAGUGAGGGAUGAUCCUGCCCCGAGCAGGGAGUUAGACUAGCUGGUUUUGUGAGAUCCCUUCCAGCCCUGCUUUCCUAUGAUUUAUCCCCCACUUAUAAUAUAGAUGCCAUAUAUGUUCCACCAGAACUGUUUUAAGGGUGUUAAAGAGUUUGACCUUAACCUGACUCCACAAGACAGAUUUUUUUAUCAUAAAUCCAGCUCUGUAGGGCUCAGAGAUCCAUUUUCUAAAGUAGCAUCACCAUAUUUUCACACACUCACAUGUUGGACCCUACUUGCCAUCAUACAAAGUUUUCCAUUUCUGUUUUUUCAGGCCUAUCACACAUUACAAUCCUGGCAGGAUUAUGCAGAGAGGAGCUGUAUCUGGUUUGAAUCUUGGUGGGAGGGAGAAAGAAAAGGCGUUUAGAUGGCAACUGUGAAGGGUUCUCUGAGGAUUUGAUGUGUUGGACCAAGCAGAGAUGGAGAUGCCUUAGGCUAUGGACAGACGUUAGACAUAAACUAGUGAUCAGAAACUGGUUUAAACCUGUAACAGAACAGGUUCAGUGCACGUAAAUCAGUAUGAAAAUGGCUGAAACCAGUUAAGAUAAACCUGGAUGAAUGUAGUAUCAGACUUAACUGAUUUGGGUCAUACCAGUUUAUGCAAUGUCUAUCCCAGACCCCUUCCUGGUUUAUAUUAAAUUAGAGUCCCUCAGCAUCCCAGCAUGCUGUCUGGGCUGGGCUCUGUGCUCCAGAAAGCUGGGCUGGCCCCUCCCCUUUGGUCCCUGGUUGCAGCUCUGGCAGAGAUGUACAGCUGUGUCUGCCUGGCUUCCUCCUGCUAUCCCCCAACCUCAUCAGCCUUACAGAGACACCUGUCAGCAUUAGCUAGCAGACCACAUGCUGGCUACAGUCCGUGCUGUGGGAGACGGGACAAAGGCGUACAGGACAGUGUCGGCUUAGGGCUCUUUGGAUCUAAUCAACAGGUAGCUGGUAAUAUCCCUCCAAGUUGCUUAAGAAGACCUUGAACUAAUGAGAGAUGGUUUGCUGAUGGGGUGAUAAAUGCUCCCCGUGUAUCUCAUUGCUGUGUAAAUCCCUGCUGGCUCCCUUGCUGACCUGUGAGGGGGGAACCCCUUCUUAAUCAGAGUGUCCUGCGGGGCCUAGCCAUGCCCCCCCCCCCUCAGCUCAGCAGUGUGGAAGGGGAGGGAGGGCUGCUCUAACACCCCCUGGCUUGUAGCCUGAGCUACUGCAGGCAUGUGCCUGCAAUCUGGAACGAAAAGGGACAGUCUAACACCUCCAAAUCGGUUCAAGCAAUGCACGUUAGACUUACCUGCAAAGAUUGAAUCAACUCAGGCUCAGACUUCUUGAAUGUCUGUCCCUAGCCUUAGUGAGCAGAGUGCAGGUGAAGCUGGUGGAGAAGUCAUAUUUAUCAUGUGGCUCUGCAAUUUAUCAUGGGGGAGUUAUUGUGUGUGUGUUCAUUCACAUGCAUGCAUAUUUCUUCACUUUUCAUCCACAGCAAAAUCUCUGUAGUGUAGAUCUGUGCAACAAAAUCUCUAGUGUAGAUCUGUAUUUUGACACGGUGAACGACAACCUAUAAAGGUUUUAAUGAGCAAACAAAUAAACCCCCUUUCUCUUUGUAAUUCCCCGAUUGGCUGGUUGUGCAAAAAAUUACAACAUUGGAGGAAAAAAGAGGGGUUUUUUUCCUCUUUUUGUGUAUUUGGGCAUUUGACAGCAGGCUUUAUCUGUUGUCUUUACUUAUGUUCUUGCACGGGGGAUUUUCAGACAUCAGCAGAGGAGAGAAGAACAUUGUUAAAAGAAUAGGAAUAUACUGUUUUAAAAGUGCAGAAAAUGAGGGGGGGCAGAGAUGUAGGUUGAACUCUUGUGAGCUAAUUGACUAGAUUUCAGGCUGAUGGUGCCCUCUUCGUUUUUAUCAAUUGCUGUGUAAGUGUGCACAUGAAACUACACAAUAUCACACAUUCCUACAUACCAGCCUUUUAGAACAAGAACACCAGCACUCUCCUCUCAUAAUCAGCCCUUCAGCACAGCAGAAGGCAUUUAGGCAUCAAAUUAUUGAAUGCUUUUGUUAACUACAUUAUUGAAAACCCAUUCAGGCAAAUAUAGUUAGUCAAGUUCUGCCUUGAUUAGAUGUCCCCUUUCUAGCUGCACAGUCUUGAAAUAAUUGGAAGCUUUUGUAAAAUUUACUAUCACUGGGAAAGGAGAGAGAUGCAAAGAUCUGUGAUCCGAUUGAAAUACUGGAAAUAAAAUAUUUUAGUCGGGAGCAGUGCAAGUUGGAGACUAUUUCUCCCACAGAAAGGUACAUGCCUUGAUUUGGAUAUCGUUGGAUAUGCUGACCCAGGACACCACUAUCUUAACACAUAGGGUGAAGGUGGCAGUGUGUUGUGUGCGACUGCAGCUAUAACCUAUCAUUGAUGACAAAACUGCAAAGGUAAAAUAUUGAAAGCGGAAAUAGUUUCAAGAUGCCUUUUUCUAAAACCUUUCACAUUGUCUUCUGGGUUUUUUUUAUCAGAAGGAAUUGUUAUAUGACUGUUUCCACGCCUAACCAGCAGUGCCGAGAGAUGCUGGCAAAGUUUAAUUUUUUUUUUUUUAUCAGCUCCUCUUAGGUGGCACCCUUAAGUUUAUCAAACAAGCAAAGCUGAUUUGCUCUUCGUUAGUCUCAGUUGCAUGAAUCAGUUGCCAAGUAAACAGGGUUUUGCAUUUUCCUAAUUACUUUCAUAUUUGUGUUUUACCUCUAUUUGUUCUCCUGCCGAACUGGGCCUAAUAAUUAGUUAGACUCCUGCUGCCUAACCCGAAAAAAGGAGACUUUUGAGGGGAGUUUCCCCCUCCCUCCCCCUUAUAAAUUCAUUUUUGUUACAAGCAUCUUUUAUACAUAUUACUAAAGGGAGCACACUAAGAAAUGCAAAUAAUAGUUCUUUAUUUUAUUAUGACAGUUAAUUAAUAGCAACCUGUUUUAAUGAAUAAAGUCACUCAGAGUCCUUCAGCACUUCCUAAGUAGAGGCUAGAAUCUGUAGGGAUUCUUUUCCCUCCAAUUGUAUAGCUCCUAGACUCCAAGCACUAUAUAGGCCCCUGUAUAGAAAUGUUCACUAAUGAAGAGGGAGGGCUAGAAGCUUGUCUGCAUUCAAAGAUCACUGGUGAGUCAUUCAGCAAGAAAAGGCCCCUUACUAGGAAUAGUCACAGUUCCGUGGCAUUGUACUAGCAAAAGGGUCUGAUCAAAGGUCUCCUGUGGAGCUUGCAUGGUUCCCUUUCAUACUACGACCAUAAUUAAAACCACUAAUUCUCUUUUAAAAUGCUGCAGGAUGCCAUGUAGGCAUCUGUCUGGAGUGUCCUUUGUGAUGUCAUAAGCUGUUAAGGACCAGUGCCGGGGGCUUUUGAGUGAAAUGCCAGUCAUGAAGGUGCUUCAAGACAAGGGUGCCUCUAAAGGCUUGACAGGGCCUUGACUACACAAUUCGAGCUGAAUUUGCCCCUCGUCAGCUGCCAGUAAAUAAAUCUCAAAGGGGGAAAAGCUGAAGUUUCAUUACCUGAUCCGUGGGGCUUUGUUGGUUUUGGCAUCACACAGAGGAAGCUCUUGCCCCUCUAUUCUCUGGAUUUGAGGAUGCCCGUUGGAGCCUGCAGAGCCUGGGUGGAGUUCAGUGCGGAACCUUUUGAAGAGUGUCAAUAGUUGUAACAGUUCAGCUGUUAGGAAGACAAAUAAAUGGAGGAGCUCAUUAAUCCUCUUUUGGCUCUCGGUGCCUUUUGCCCUUUUAUCACAGCCUUAUUAGGCUCCUACUCAUCUUGAACCAGAAAAAAAUGAAUUGAAGUUGUUGAGUACUAAUUGGCAAGGACUUUUUCAUCGCGGGCCAAGAACUUUCCCUGACUUGAAAGUAACUUCUCCGCAGGGAGGAACAAAAAAUUCUGGGUUUGCCUUGGAAGACGGCUUAAAAUAAAAUAAAUAAUAACGAAAAAUCUCUAUUAGGGUUCGACGCGGUGAAAAAGUGUUGAUGGAGCAAUGGAUCGAUUGUCAGGUCUCUCCAUCCCAAAGACAUUUGCUGUGUACGUUCUGUGCUUUAGAAUAAUUUUGGAGCUGGAAUUGUAAUAUAGAAGGAAUUUUUAUUUCCCCCUUCCUCCCCCCAAAACAGUUGCAUUUUGUUUGGCUGUGUCACUGUUACAGUCGUAUGUAUGGGUAAUAAAAAAUGCCUAUUCACAGCAGCAUACCUCCAUGGGACCAGUCCUUCAGAUGCCAGGGGGCUGCCUUUUAUAUGGUGGAAAGGGUCAUCUAUUAUCUCAAUCACUUGCAACCACUUACAUGUGUGGUAUAAAGAUGCAUCGCAACUUUCAUGAUGUCUGGCAAUGCUUUUGAUCAUGAUACUAUCACACCAUAUUUAACUAGAGUAAUAAAAUAAUUUAGAUCAACAGUUACAGGGAUUGAAAAUACUUAAAAUAUUAUGUUGUGCAUUGAUUUUUUUUUUUUUUUGUUAAGGCAGAAGUUGCUAAAUUUAGAAUUUAAUUUCCUGCGUCAUUCUUUGUUUGCCACAAGUCAAAUAAAGAAGAACUGUUGCCAUGUC